AUAAAAUUACGAAAAGAAAACUAGUUUAUUAUUAUUUUUUAUUUCGAUGACUGUUACUAAUUAGUAACCUGUUCUAAAAUAUGAAUUAAAUACUUAGACAAGAGUUUUAAUAUGACAUAAGGAAGUUACUCGUAUAAACCAAUAUAAAAAAAAAAACAAAAAACACAGUUAGGCUAUAAGGCUACUUUACUCUCGAUAAUCAAUGAUCCAAUAAUAGUUAUUUACGAACCGAGUGCGAGAAGACACUUUUUACACCCGAGCGCAUUAUUGGGGCACGAGCGACGAAGAAGCGAGUGCAGCCCUUUGCGCGAAUAUGUCAAAAACGUCUUUGCGCAUCAAAUUUUAUACAGCACUUUUUUCUUAUUAAGAAAAUUGAUUGUGACCAAUAGUUAUUAGGUAAUGGCGUUUAAACAUUAAACCAGAUUUUAUUAUUAUCAAGUCAAUUUAUUUUCACAAUGCUCAAAAAGUAUGCUUUUUGACUGAAUUUGAAGCACUAGUCUGUAAAAUCUACAUUCGCGAUUAAUGGUUGCGGUCGCGAAAUGUUAUUUUGAAGGUAGGACUGAGAUUAAAAAAAAGACAUUGAUAUAUUAAAUAACAAUUUAAUUUUUAAUUGGAUUGCAAUCUUUUCUUACAUAAGUUCCUAAAUAAGUAGUAAUAUUAGACGUUCGUACUUGCAACAAACAAAUUUUUCUCAACAUGUUUUCAUUUACGAAUACUUUUUAUCACCACUCAUCAAAUUUCAAGUUCGAAUUAGAUUUUUCAUUUGCUUAAUGUUUGAAAGUCUUUAGGAACCUUUCUUACCAUAUUUUUUAUUCUCUGUUCUUUGUCAACAAAUUUUUUAAGACCAAAUGAAUAAAGUGACUAACUGCAACUGCCAUACCUAUGGCUAAAUUCUCUUUUAUCGUCAUCACAAGUGAUAAGAAUUUUUUCAAAUUUCUAUCAGUUUAAAUUGCUUUAAUUGCAUUUGAUAGAUUAGGCCGAUAUUAGUCUAAAACAAACUUGAGACUUUUAUAUAAAUUAUUCCAAAAGUAGUAAUAAGGUAUACAGCAGUAGAAUGUUCGAGACUAAUGUUGGUUUCAUUUUACUUGAAAAUAUUUUUUUUUACCCAAAAAUAUUUUUUUUACUUUAUGUGUAUUAUAAAUAUUAUGCUUAAAGCUUUAGAACAAAAAAUAAUUUGUCAAUUGCCUCUUUGCUCAAAAUAUUACGGACGUAUUUAAUAUUAUAAAAAUAUUUACAUCUUAAAAUGUGUAAUAAUAUUUGAAAAUGUAGUAUUAUUAUUCAAAUAAAUGUCACGUAAUGGCAUGCUAUUUUGAGAACUUUUUACUAGUAAACGUAAGCGUUUUUAUAGCUGUGAAAUGAAUAAUAUAUUCCUGCAUGAUACGUUAUUGCUCUUGUUGUCAUCCCUUUUAUUUUUAAAAAGGGCAUAAAAAAUUCAGUGCAUCAAAAUACUGACAUAAUUUGAAAUAAAAACUGAAUUUAAUUUCGAUUUGAGCAAACACAUUUCUGCCUAACUAUAAAAUUUCUAAUAAAUUUAUAAAAUUUAGAAAAAAACAUUUCUCUUUAGAAAAUCAAAAUUUAGCGCGUUAUGAGGCUCCAUUUUAAAACAAUCGUUAUCUUUGCCAUCAUUUAAACAAAUAUUUUCUCGUAAUGAUUAUUGUCUUUGAUAAAAUUAAUAGCUGCAAAAAAUCUUAAUUAAUCGGAGAUAGAAAAAAAAUAUUAAAAUUUAAAGUUUUGAUAAGGCGUCAAAAACAGGUAACUAAUAGGGGUCUCGAAUGCCGAAAUAACGCUAUAAGGCUUUUCGAGGCCAUCUAUCAGUAAUUAUCAUCAAUGUAAUUUUCACCUAUAAACUAUUUAGAGAUAAACAAUCACUCAAGCAGUGAUAAAAAAUUGGUAUUUCAUCAAUUUAAGUUUUAAUCAGUACAAUUGUCAUCCGUUGUCUCUAAUACUGACUUCACAAAACAGUUCCUCUGUGAGUAUUUUUAUUACAAAUAUUUAUUCAAAUUCUUCUGUAGCAGAUCAGCUUUUGUCGUAUUUCAGUGAAUUAAAACGAAUAAAAUGUUUUCAAUUGUUAACAAUCUAAACAAUGAAAAUAUAUAAAUCAGACGGCUCCUACAUCAACAACCCGACAGAUACAGACUUUGGAUGGCACCUAAAUGAUGUAGUUAUUGACGAAAGUGUUCCUUUUUACCAAGAACACAAUCAGAAAUUGUUACAAAUGGAAAAAAAGUCGAUUGUUGUAAAAUUGUGUGACAACACCGUCGAAACUGCACCGAUAACAAGUGUCAUAGACUUCAAAUUAGGCGAUAAUUUCCAGGAUAUUAAUAGAGAAAUACCCUUUAAAACACAAGUUUGCAGUUUGAUCAACCCUUGCACAAUAGAAAGCAAAGUCUUGCUCUCCGUGGUCCACUAUGCAUUGUAUAAAAAUUUCGAUCGAAACAUGAUUAAUCUGGAACACUUUAAAAACGGAACCAGACUCCCAUUCUGUCAAGACUUGGAAAGCGUUAUCCACGAUGAAAUCCAGACUUUUAGUCGCGAUAAAAAUAACGUGUUGUCCCUGAUGAUGGAUUUGAUUUUGAGUGAAAAUAAAUGCGAUCGCCACGAACUAGGUGCUGAAAAAUCCGAGUUUCAAAACAUUGAUGUCGUCGAUGGAUUCCAAUAUAAACAUUUUUGUUACGAGUAUAAAUCCGGAAAAAAAAUUUGUAAUAAUUUGAGUUUCGACGAUGUUAUUAAUCAAACGAUUACAAAAAUCCGGAAGAAUACGGCAGAUAUAGAUUUAGAAAUAGAUAAAAUUAAAAAAAGUUUUGUGGAUGAUAUAUUUUGCGUCAACGUUCUAAUUCAUAGGGCGCAGAAGCUGGAAAAAGACCUAAGAGAGACUAAAUUUUUGAAUGAUUUGAUUCAUCUUUUGAAUGGAGAGUUGGAGAAAGUAGCUUUGAGGGAAUCUCCGUUUCAGAUUUUUUUGCAUUCAGGGCAAUAUGAUGACCUUAACUUAAUAAUAUAAUAUUAUUUAUUUGUGUUUAAUUACAUCCGAUAAUAUGUAUUUGAAAUAAACAUGUUUGAUAAUGA